UCGUUGGCACCAAGCUCAGGAGGGCAACACGCUGCAUUUGUUCGUGCUCCAGGUUCUUUUGUUGUUGACAUCAACCAUAUUUUGUUCAGCGCAUCAUCCAAGAGAGGUUUUCAAUCCAAUACGUAUAAACUGUGGUGGCGAGGUAAUUAAUGAUGCGUAUGGGCGAACAUGGGCAUCAGACUGGGGCUAUAUUGGUGGCACUAGUUCGAACCUAAUGCAUAAUCAUUCCGAGUCAUCUACACACAAUGGGCAACAUGAUUUCGACCAGACAUACCUGACAGCGAGGGUAUUUAAUGGAUCGGUCCCUUUUGCUGAGGGGCCCAUGUCACCUGGACUUGGGCCUCGACUGCCACUCAGCGGUUUCUACAACUUAACGGUCAUCCCCGGAAGGUUUUACAGUGUUCGACUCUGUUUCGGAUUCCUCAGUGGGGAUAUCGUGCCAGUGUUCAAUCUGACGCUAAACGGUGCGCCAGUGGGUCAAGUUCCGUCUGCAGAGCCCCGUCAUGUGAGCGAGUCUGGAAUAGUGUCUCUAAAGAAGGAGUUUUCUGUGUAUGUUAAUGACUCCAACAUCUGGAUAGGCUUUAUGUCGAUUGGCAGAGGGGAGCCACGUGUCAACUCCAUAGAGAUACUGCAACUUCUUGAGUCGCUGGCCAUCAUGAAGACCGCCGACUUAAAUCUCGGCAUAGACACAGCUUUAGAACUGCAGGAAAGAGUUAAUUGUGGAGGAGGCAAGGUCACCGAGAACGCCACCCAGCUCUUCGGAUGGGAACCUGACGACGGAUAUUUGUCAGUAACGGCGUAUGAACACAAUCAAGUAGAGAAUUCCCCCUCUACCAUUGCUGAGUCGGACGACCUCUGCCUUUCUAAAAAUGAAAGUGACGGAAGCGAAUUCUUCAGCAAUCUGCUAUUCGAGUUUGGCUGGAUGAGCGCCGACGUCGUUUGCACCCGUCGGAGAGGACUUGAAGAGGGAACAAUUGCUUAUCAGUUUCCUCUUGCACCUGCUCGACAGUAUCUCGUAAUACUGUAUUUCUCAGAGGGCUUCUCGUCGGAGACGAUUGCAGCGCUAGGUGAUCGGGUAAUCGACGUGAUAGUUACCGUGUGGUCCCCGCCAACUCAGCUGUCGAGUCAGCUGCUGACUCAGCAUGCAAGUGAUCUGUCAACCAAUGCAACGAUCGACACUUUCACACAUGACUAUUUCAUGGCUGUGCUUCCUGGACAAGUGGAGGCGAGAAACAUCACGGUCCUCUUGCGGCCCAACUCGUCAUCCAAGAGUAGGGUGGCCAUUGUGAAUGGCGUCGAGAUAUACGGCCAAUUCCCCAUGAAUGGGGAUACCUUACCCUCUGAUGUUGACGUGUUCCUGGCAAUCGGCCAGCAGCUUGAUGUGCUUCCGGAAUACGAGAGGGACCCUUGCAUGAGCCCGCCGCUUUUUCCCGUUUCUUGUGCGAUGUCCACUGAGAUGGGUCCUCCGACGAUCGUGUCGUAGUAAGUGGACCUCUAAGUGGUUACCCUGGUCUUUUUUUUUUUUUUCAAGAGCGAUAGACAGAAAUCCAAGUUGCAAAAUCAUGAAGUAGCCCAGAUAGUCAUGUACCAAGCAGAGAGCACAAUGCACCAAGAUUCCAUCCAAAUAAGACCAGUACAAUGAACUCGUAUGCCAGUG